AUGGCUCCACCGGCAAAGCGAAAACUCAAUUUCGACACCCCGCCUGGUGAUGUAACCCUAAAUUUCGAGACGGACGUUAAUUUUCCGAAAGAAUGGAAAAUCGACGGUGUCAACAUUGAGGAGCGAAUUCAAAAGUUGCGUGAGGAGCUCCGCGAGCAGGGUGUGAAUCCCGUUCAGAAUGCGAUCGUCGAUCCGAGAUCCAAGUUUCGAACAGAGUAUCGACGGAUUCUGACCGCCCAUGCGAUUAUCACUGAUGCGAUUCGACUAAAUGAUAAGAAGAUUAGUUGGUUCAAAAACGCGACGGAAAUGAUGGCAAACGACAUCGAUGCACUUCACAACCGGCGUGAGCACGUGGAUAAAAGUGUCGAAGAUUUCAAGAAAGAACUAUCUCGACUAGACGCCAGCGUUGGAGUGCUCAAAUCUCAGCAAAUAGCAGUGAAAAGUGUGCUGGAAUUGAGAGAAGAUGAGUAUAUGGGCGGUGCCGAUGACUUCGACUCGAAUUUACCGGAUGAAUAUCAGAAGUUUGGGAAGAUAAGCAAACUUUGUGAAGUGGCGUUAAAAUCCUACGACGACAUCAAAAAACGAAACGAAGAAAUGCAGAAAUACCUGAUGACUGAAAAGAAUCGACAACGAAAGCAACGAGAGGCGAUGAUGAAUUUAAUGGAGGAGAAAGAGCGUCAACGUGUGGAGGAGCUGGAUGAGGUGUUCAAAGAUUUCACAUUGGAACAGCUCAAAGAGCUCAGGGAUAAUAUGCGAAUUGCUAGAAGCAAAAAUUGA